AUGACAGUGGGUAACAUUAAAAUUGCUAUUGAUCGUGGUGGAACGUUCACCGACGUGUUGGCCAUCAUUCCAGGUCAGCCUGAUUUCAUGUUCAAGUUACUUUCAGUAGAUCCAAGCAACUACAAGGAUGCUAAUAUCGAAGGUAUCAGAAGGGUUUUAGAACACAUCCAGAACAGAAAAAUAAGCAAGGGAGAACUAUUGGACACUAGUUGCAUUUCUUCCAUCCGAUUGGGAACAACGGUUGCAACCAAUGCAUUGUUAGAAAGAAAAGGGGAAAGAAUGGCAUUUCUUGUCACCAAAGGUUUCAAGGACUUGUUGAAAAUUGGUGACCAGACCAGACCAGAUUUGUUUGCUUUGAGGAUUAUCAAGCCUGAGCCAUUGUAUGAAGAGGUGGUUGAAAUCGACGAAAAAGUCACGAUUCCAGGAGCUACUGAAGAUCCUGAAAGAGUGAACUUUUCAUCCAAAGUGGAUGGUAAGGAAUACAUCCUCGGGGCCAGUAGGGAUGUAUUUAAGGUAUUGAAAGAUCUUGAUGAAAGUGAUUCAAGACUUAAAUUGGAACAAUUAAGGGCUAAAGGUAUCAAGUCAGUUGCCAUUUGUUUAGUCCAUGGAUACAGUUUUCAAGAUCACGAAAGAAAGUUGAAGCAGAUUGCUGAGGAAGUAGGAUUCGAACAUAUUUCUGUUUCACAUGAGCUUAUACCUAUGAUCAGUGCCAUCCCUAGAGCCCAAUCAACUGUUUGUGACGGUUACCUUACACCGGUAGUGAAAGAGUAUAUUCAAAAUCUUCUCGCAGGUUUUGCAAAGGGAACAGAGAACACUACCAGAAUUGAAUUCAUGCAAUCUGAUGGUGGUUUAUGUUCUUGGAAGGGGUUCACUGGGUUAAAGGCUUUACUCUCUGGACCUGCUGGUGGUGUUGUCGGUGAAGCCGAAACAUGUUACGAUGAAGACGAAGGAACCCCAAUCGUGGGUUUUGAUAUGGGUGGAACUUCAACAGAUGUCUCCAGGUACGCUGGGAACUACGAAUUAGUAUUCAAGAGCACCACUGCGGGUGUUCAAAUUGCUGCUCCUCAAUUAGAUAUCAACACGGUUGCGGCUGGUGGUGGAUCCAUUUUGACUUAUAGACACGGGGUGUUCAAAGUUGGACCUGAAUCAGCUGGUGCCCAUCCAGGUCCUGCUUGUUAUCGAAAAGGUGGCCCAUUAACCAUCACCGAUGCCAACUUGAUAACCGGGAGAAUCUUGCCCCAGUUUUUCCCCAAGAUCUUUGGUCCUACUGAAGACCAGCCUUUGGACUUUGAUAUUGUCGAGGAAAAGUUUAAACAGUUGACCAAACAGAUCAACCAAGAAAACCCCGAUAAACAAUUAACUCCUUACGAAGUUGCGUUGGGGUUCUUGAAAGUGGCUAACUUUUCCAUGGCCAAACCGAUAAGAGUCUUAACUGAUUCCAGAGGGUUUGAUGUUUCCAGUCAUAACCUUGCUUCUUUUGGAGGUGCUGGAGGUCAGCAUGCUGUGUCUAUUGCCCAAAUCUUGAAAAUGAAGAGAGUAGUCAUCCACAGAUAUUCCUCCGUUUUGUCUGCUUAUGGUAUUGCUUUGGCCGAUGUUGUGCAAGAGAAUCAAAAACCUUGUCACGAAAAGUACACGGAACAGAGUAGAGACCAGCUUUUGAUCGAUUGCGAGAACUUAGUUACCACUGUCAAAGCUAAGUUGAUAGAACAGUCGAUCGAGGAGAAUAGCAUUGACGUGGAGAUCUUCUUCAAUAUGGGAUACGCUGGUUCUGAUACAUUUUUGAUGAUUUCGCAGCCAAAGGAUGGCAAUUUCUACAAAUCAUUUACUGAAGUGCAUGAACGGGAAUUCUCUUUUGUGGACCGGGAAAGAGAUGUGAUUGUCCAUGAUAUUCGUGUUAGAGCCUCUGGUAGCUUGUCCAAAAUUAAGGAAAUUUCCCCAUACAAGGAUUUGGCAUCUUUAGAGGCUUCUGGUAGAAUCACUGCCAUUGAACGGGGGAUCGAAGUUGCAACCACUAAAAUCCACUUUGAUGAAGGUGUUUUAGACACCGAGAUAUUUCAAUUGAGUGAUAUCCCAGUGGGUUCUCUUGUAGCUGGACCAGCAUUGAUUUUAGAUACAACCCAAACCAUCUUGGUAACUCCAGCUUCCAAGGCCACUAUUUUGAAUCGACACAUUCUUGUGGACUUGGAAGAGGGUGGGCAUUCCCAAUUUUCCACAGACUACGUUGACCCAAUUCUUUUGUCAGUUUUUGCCAAUAGAUUCACCUCAAUUGCCGAAGACAUGGGGAGAACCUUACAAAAGAUCAGCAUCAGUGCCAAUAUCAAAGAAAGACUCGACUUUUCUUGUGCACUUUUUGAUGAAGAAGGUGAUUUAGUAGCUAACGCUCCUCAUGUACCUGUUCACUUGGGAUCUAUGUCUAAUAGUAUUAGAUAUGCUAAAAAGUACUGGGCAGAGAACAUUCAUCCCGGUGAUAUCUUAGCUACUAACCACCCUAUUGCUGGUGGAACUCAUUUGCCAGAUAUCACGUUGAUUUCUCCCGUUUUCAUUAAUGGUAAGAUUGUAUUCUUUACAGCUUCUAGGGCCCAUCAUGCUGAGAUUGGUGGUUCAGUUCCAGGUUCAUGUGCUGCUGAUGCUACUUCUCUUUACGAAGAAGGUGCCCAGUUCGUUGCAUGGAAGAUUGUUAGUAAUGGGAAGUUCGAUUAUGAUGGUGUACAAAAACACUUUAUUGACGAACCCGCUCAAUACCCAGGCUGCUCUGGGAGUAGAAAAAUCGAAGAUAACAUUUCAGACUUGAAGGCACAAAUUGCUUCCAACCAAAGAGGGGUCAACUUGUUGCUUGAGCUCUUCAAAGAGUAUGGUACUGAAACGGUUUUAUUCUACAUGAAGGGUGUUGAAAACACUGCUGAAAAUGCCGUAAGAAGUUUCUUGAGGAGAGUUGCUAUUGAAAAGAAGGGCUUGCUUCCGUUGAAGGCAGAAGAGAUCUUGGAUGAUGGUUCUAAGAUUACUGUUAGUAUCGAUAUCAAGGAAGAUGGUUCUGCAGUCUACGAUUUCACUGGAACUAGUGAAGAAGCUUUCAACUGUGGUAACGCUCCAAUUGCAAUUACUUAUGCUUGUAUUAUUUACUGCUUGCGUUUGAUGGUGAACUCGGACAUUCCAUUGAACGAGGGAUGUCUUAAGCCCAUCACUCCAAUCAUUCCAGAAGGAAGUCUUUUGAAUCCUUCACCAUACGCAGCAGUUUCGGCUGCGAACUCUGCAACUGCCCAAAGAUUAACUGAUACUAUCUUAAAAGCAUAUGAGAUAUCUGGAGCUUGUUCUGGUUCGAACAACACCUUGGCCUUUGGUAAAGGUGGAAUUGAAGCUGGUGUCAUGAAACAAGGAUUUGCUAUGGUCGAAACCAUUGGUGGCGGUAUUGGUGCUAUUGAUGGGUACGACGGAUUUUCCGGUGUUCAAUGUCAUAUGACCAAUACCAAGAUUACUGAUCCUGAAGUGUUGGAAUUGAGAUACCCGGUUGUACUUCACGAGUUUAGUAUUAGAGAGAAUUCGGGUGGCGAUGGUAAGUACAAAGGAGGUGAUGGCUUGGAAAGACUUUAUGAGUUUACUUCUCCCUUGUCAUGCACCAUGAGAACCCAAAGAAGGGUGAACGCUCCUUACGGUAUGAAAGGUGGAAAAGAAGCUCUUAGAGGUGAAAACAGAUUGGGAAGAAGGAGAGACAACAAAGUACAAUGGAUCUUACUUCCUUCAUUUGCUCAGUUUAAAGUUGAAGCAGGUGACUUUGUCAGAAUUAGAACACCUGGUGGAGGUGGGUUUGGUGCUCCAGAAGAAGUAUCUCUGGUUACGACUUCAAAAGGUCCAACUCCUAAGGUCCAUAUUCCUCUAGCUGGAGGAACCAUUACCCAAUUGACUAAUCUCAGCAACAGUUCUCAAUAGAUAAUUCAAAUAUAUAUCAUCAUUUAUGA